CCGCAGUCACCGGUGCGCUCUCCGAGGAGUCCCGGGGUUGCAGGAAGCUUAUAACUCUGCUUUGAUUAAAGAUGAUCCCCUUGUUUGCUCAAGAAGUUCGCCUUUCUAAAAGACAUGAAAAAGUAGUAUCACAAAGAUUAAUGUUACUUCAACAAAUGAAGAAUAAAUAUGGAGAUCAAAACACAGACAAGGCAUCUCAGAGUCAAGCAGCUGAGACUGCUUAUAAAAGGAACCUUAGUCUUUUAAACGAUAUAGAAGCAGCAGCAAAGUCUCUACAGACCAGGAUUCACCCACUUCCACGGCCUGAGGUGGUUUCUCUUGAGGCUCGUUACUGGGCAUCAGUAAAAGAAUAUAUUCCCAAAUGGGAACAGUUUCUUUUGGGAAAAGCACCAUAUCCUAUUGGUGCUGAAAAUCAAAAUGAAGCAGAAAAAGAAGUACAGCAAUAAUGUCUUCGCAUGCUGUUUCAAAAAACCUGUUUAGUAAAGCUUAAUAUCAAAGAACAUGCAGGUGAUUUCAGGGACUUUGGGAAUCAAAUACCUCCACAUGGCUCUGUUAACUCUGAACUGACAACGAAAAGAAGAGGACGUACUGGAAGGCCUCAGGUUAUCACUGAGAGACCUACUACCAUUUCAAGAUGAUGAAUUUGCUUUCUGCCAAACCCAUGGACGCAUUAAGAACUAAUACUGAAAGCUGGCCUACUUACUAAUUAAAUGGUCAAAUGAGUGCUGUGUGUGUCGCUUAAAAACUCAUUUACAGUUAUUCUCAUCUAAACUGUGAAUAUUGGUUGUCAGUUCUGAUUUUAAGUUUUCUAGGGUCUUUAUUUUCCAAUUAUUUUACUAUGGGAGGAGGCACAGGAUCAAGAUGGUUGUUUGCAAAUAUAGUUUCUUCUAAUAAAUGAAAAGACGAUGGCCUUUAACUGUUUCAGUUGAAGAAAAUCUAUCAGAAAAUAGGUUCAUAAGAUUUUGAAUCUCGCAGAUAAUCACACCUCUAAAAGUUCUGGGGAAGGACUGAGAGUCCUGUUAGUAGCCCGUUGUGGGAGGGCUCCGGCUUCGCCUUGAACAAGGGUACCUGUUAGAGCCGGGAAUGUUUACUGGAC